GUGAAAGGGCUGUGGCUCUAGAAAAGCCACCGACAUCGGCCCCAGCUCUCAGAGGAGGGCGAGCUUCUGGGACGCCGUGUCUGAGACGGGACCCGGCCGUCUGUUUGUCCAUCCGACAUGGAGCCGAAGCGGAUCAGGGAGGGCUACCUUGUGAAGAAGGGGAGCGUGUUCAACACCUGGAAAGCCAUGUGGGUUGUGUUGUUAGAAGAUGGAAUUGAAUUCUAUAAGAAGAAAAGUGACAACAGCCCCAAAGGAAUGAUUCCCCUGAAAGGAAGCACUCUGACGAGCCCUUGCCAGGACUUUGGCAAAAGGAUGUUUGUGUUUAAGAUCACUACGACCAAACAGCAGGACCACUUCUUCCAGGCAGCCUUCCUGGAGGAGAGAGAUGCCUGGGUUCGGGACAUCAAGAAGGCCAUUAAAUGCAUUGAAGGAGGCCAGAAGUUUGCUAGGAGAUCCACCAGGAGGUCCAUUCGACUGCCAGAAACCAUUGACUUAGGUGCCUUGUAUUUGUCCAUGAAAGACACCGAGAAAGGGGUGAAAGAAUUGAACCUGGAGAAAGACAAGAAGAUUUUUAAUCACUGCUUCACGGGUAACUGUGUCAUUGACUGGCUACUUUCCAACAAGUCUGUUCGGAAUCGCCAAGAAGGCCUCAUGAUCGCCUCCUCCCUGCUCAACGAAGGGUACCUGCAGCCCGCUGGGGACCUCUCCAAGAACGCUGUGGACGGAAUUGCUGAGAACCCUUUCCUCGACAACCCCGACGCCUUCUACUACUUUCCAGACAGUGGGUUCUUCUGUGAAGAGAAUUCCAGUGAUGAUGAUGUGAUUCUAAAAGAAGAAUUCAGAGGGGUCAUUAUCAAGCAGGGAUGUUUACUCAAACAGGGGCAUAGGAGGAAGAACUGGAAAGUGAGGAAGUUCGUUCUGAGAGAAGACCCUGCGUACCUACACUACUACGACCCUGCUGGGGGGGAAGAUCCCUUGGGAGCGAUUCACUUGAGAGGCUGUGUGGUGACCUCCGUGGAGAGCAACCCAGAUGGCAAGAAGAAUGAAGAAGAGAACCUCUUUGAGAUCAUCACGGCUGAUGAAAUUCACUAUCUCUUGCAAGCGGCCACCCCCAAGGAGCGUACCGAGUGGAUCAAAGCCAUCCAGGUGGCCUCCCGGACCAGGAAGUGAGGAUGCAUCUGCAGCUCGACACCCCCAUCCCAAGGGGACCACACGGAUAAGCUUGGUCCAGGACCUGCGGCCACUUCUAGGAUAGAUCAAUGAGAAAGGGCCCAGGGGUGGGACAUUGUCAUCCCUGGGGGUCCUGAAUGUUACUAACCACAUGCCACGUGAUGUUCACCUGCACCAACCACAUUGCUCACUGAAGGCUCUCGGCCACUCUCCACGUCGCCCAAGCAGAUGUGACAAGCUGUGCGGCCUGGGGACAUCGCUUACUCUGCCCAGGUCUCAGGUUCCUCCUCUGGAAAACAAAGGAGAUGGACUAGGAGAGCCCUGAGGUCCUCCCUAGCACCAGAACCCAAAGCCCUGUGCUUCUAAUACCCAUGGCAGUGCAGCCGGAGUCCCUCCGUGACCCAGUCUUGGUCUUCAGAACCUGAAACAACUCCUCCCUUUAAGCUGUUUGCCCAUCUAUCCUAAGAGCAUGAGGUACAAACCUCUUUGGUUCCCUUUGGCUGCCUUUCCUUGCUCUUGGCCACAAGAUCAUGUUUCAGCUCAGUGAAGAAGAACUCUCUUCUUCCUUCUUUGCCCUACCCAGAAACUCCCUGAAAGCCAGUCCCUCAGGGGUGGCUUCUAGCUUGAAGCCUUGUGACUAUAGCCUGGAAAGUUUUGUCUUCUGAGACGGGGACUGGUGGAAACCAGAAGUAGCCAAGGGUGCCAGUCAGGAACGUUCCAUGCCUACUGGAGGCUGGUCUGACAAGCGGCUGUCUUUGUCCCUUUCCAGAGCAUUGCUCUGUCAUGUAUUCUGAUUAGGAGUGGGAACCCCAAGUCUGCAAGACUCUGUUUCAUUCUAGCGUUUACAGAAAAAAGCAGUCAGGUGGGUUUUCCCUACGGAGUCUCUCCAUGGGUGAGGGGGCUGGGCCGACGUGUCCCCCCAGCUCCAGCAGGUGGGAGGGGCUGGAUCACAGGCCAGCUGAUUGGAUGAUGGGUUUAUACAAAGACAGCACUGAAAGGACUUAAUGCGUGGAGGUGGCCGUCACACUGUGCCGUGCCUUCAGUUCUCCAGUUAACGAUAUUGUGGGCGUGCCUGAGCUUUAAACCCAAACUGUCCCAGCUCCUGCUUGGCCUCCGAGGGGCCUCACGAGCCCAUUAUCAACCAGAGGGAUCUGAUCUACACUCAAACUGUGUACCUGUUUCCAAUUUUUGACCCUGUCCACUAGUGAUUCGAAUCCAGACUUGAGAAAGAAACCAGGUAUGAGCGUGAAGGUGUAUUUUCCAACUUCAGAUUUUUAAUUCGACGGACCUAGUGAGGAAAAGAAAGUAGAAACCUCUCCCUGACUUUGUUGGCUCCUGCCUUUCCCUCCCCCAAUCACAUACAGCGUCCUUGAGGCUGUUCCUACUCCCAGGUUGUUUUCUCAGUGGCUGAGAGGUAAAAGACUACCUUUUCCCUGAUUCUUUAGUGACCUGUCUUAGAACGUGCACAGUAGUUUGCCUACAUACAAGGUUAAAAGUAUUUAUUAACAUAGAGCCCACUUUAUGUUUUGAAAUAAAUCUUACCGUGUAUGGUG